ACUGCAUUCGUAGAUAGAAUUAGAGAGAGAGAGAGAGACAGAGAGAGAGUGAGUGUGUGACAUUCCACUUUUGGUGAGGUGGAGGCAUCCCUUGUGGGUAGAGAGAGUUCCUUUCUCUUUCUCACUUUCUCUCCACUUUCUUUUUACGAUUCUUCCUCUCCAAACACUCUCAAAAUUAGUCCUUUCUUACAUUAUAAUUUAACAGACUCCCUCUCACUUCUUCUCCUCCUCCUUCCAUUCCAUUUCAUGUUCUUUCUUCUUUUCUCUUCCAAAUCUACCCCUAACCAUUUCAAAUCAUGACAGACAAAGUCUACCCCUCCGCCAAGCCCACCACCACCACCACCAACGGCACCGCCACCGGCGCCACCAACCCACCACCCAAAUCCCACCUCUACAACCCCAACCGCCUCCCAUACCGCCCCCAACCCACCCCCCGCCGCCGCCGCAGCCGCCGCCGCUGCCUCUGCCUCUGCUGCUUCUGGUCCAUCCUCAUCCUCGCCGGCCUCCUCCUCCUCGCCGCCAUCGCCGGCUGCGUUGUCUACGUCCUCUACAACCCCCGCCGCCCCACAUUCUCCGUCACCACCCUCAAAAUCUACCAAUUCAACCUCUCCACCACCGCCGACGACACCACCCACCUCUCCUCCACCCUCAACCUCACAAUAUCCGCCAAAAACCCAAACAAAAAGCUCACUUACUUCUACGAUCCCAUCUCCAUCACCGCCCUCUCCAACAACCUCGAAAUUGCUAAUGGGUCCUUCCCAUUAUUCACCAGUGACCCCAAAAACAUCACGCUGAUUCGAUCUUCGCUGUCGACUAGCUCGCAAGUCGUCGAUGCCGAUUCGGUGAAGUCUCUGAGGUCGGAUCUGAAGAAGAAAAUUGGGUUGCCAAUAAAAGUAGUGAUGGACACGAAAGUGGUGAUGAAAAUGGAGAACUUGAAGAGCAAGAAAGUGAGAAUCAGAGUCACUUGUGAUGGCAUUCAUGGUGUUGUACCAAAGGGUAAGUCUCCAUCAAUUGCUUCCAUUUCUGAUGCUAAAUGUAAGGUUGAUCUUCGAAUCAAGAUCUGGAAAUGGACUUUCUGAUGAGUUCUGAUCUUGUACCAGAUGUCCAGAGCAACUCAACUGUUGUUUGUUUUUUUAUAUCUAUAUUUGUUUUGGGUUUGUGAACUUUUUUGAGAAAUGGGGUUGUUAGUAGAAUUAGGAGGAAAAUGGAGGGUCACAUUCAUAAAAUUUCAAUGUUGCUUAUAUUAAUAUGGUUUUCUGGUGUAAGUGAAUUUUGGAUCAUUUUGUGUAGUGAACUUUUGUAAUGCCAUGAGAAUGAGAAUUAUUUCAGCCACCAUUGCAAUUUCCUCGUA